UACUCAACUUAUAUAAUUGUUCACUUCACUUACAUCAACUACUGCUCUUAUAUACAUGUUCACAAUGCAAAAACCUUCUGGAAUUGACUGGGAUAAAGGCGACAAGAGCGGGCUUGUCUCCAUUGGCGCCCACAAGCUCUAUCUAUCUGCUUCAGGGCCCGAUCGCCAGCCUGGACAGCCUAUUGUGCUUCUCAUGCAGGGCCUCGGCAGCACGAUCGACGAGUGGGUUGCCGUGCGAGAGCUCGUGCGUCCCUUUGCCCGAUGGCUGAACUACGAUCGUUCAGGGAUGGGGAGGAGUGAAGGCCCAGAGCAGACGCCGGCAAGCAUCUCCGCCGCCUCAGUUGCAGCAGAGCUCGACCUUCUCCUGACGAACGCCGGCAUCGAACCGCCGUUCAUCGUUGUCGCUCACUCGUGGGGAGGCUACACUUCUCGCGAGUUUCUCCAACUCAGACCAACCGAUAUCGCUGGCAUGGUCUUUGUGGAUUGCAAUACCGAGUUUUUGUUUGACAAUGGGGCGUGGAGUUGGGACGUUUUCUAUCCAGUCCUCGGGGGACAGGACUUUGUUGAAACCACCGGUCUUGCCACGUCCCAUGUUCUAUCCGAGGAGGACUGGAAAGCCGUCAAAGAUGAACAGGCUGAUCCCCGACAUCAGGCCACCGAGGCUGCUGAGAUGCAAGCAGCGUCAAACGAUGGACGAGCAUUAGGUUCCAAGAAGCAACUGGAGAGACAGCCUCUCGGGGAUUACCCAGUCAGUGUCAUCACUGCAGAUACGCCUGGGGAUUUCCAGAAAAUGUACGACUUUGGAGUGGCCGCAGGCAACGGCACAGAAGAUGAAAGAGCUCUGUUUCGAAGAUGCCUUGGGAGAUGGCGCGAGAUGAAUGAGCACUGGCAAAGAGAACUCCUGAAGCUUUCUCGUCGCAACAGAUCAGUUCGUCUAUCUUGCAGCCACAACGUCCAGCUGGUCCAGCCACAGAGCAUCGUUCAAGAGAUACGCUGGGCCAUGGAUAGCAUAGGUUCUGAAGGUAUUUAAGAACAGCUGGAUCUAUAUCUUGUAUAUAAUGAUUUAUUCAUUGUUUAGAAGACAAACAGUCAAAGUAUUAUACUCUACUGAGAGUGCUCUGCAG